CAUUUCAUGGCUGAAGUAAAAGCGGAACAUGAAUCAGCCCAUCGUCUAUGCAUUACACGCGCAGGGGAGGGAAGACCCUCUCUGCCGGACGCCCUCGCAGAAUGGUGAAUCACACGAGCUGGAUUCCGCCCCUCCCUCAAAAUGAUGUUACUACUACAAGAAAGACUCGUGAUUCUCCGCGAGGCAAGCCCUCCCUCGGGCUGACGUCACUCACGCGCAUAAAUAAGGGAUCCGGCUCAUCGCCGACCACAAGCGAAACCCUCAGCGGGAGAGUGACGGCGUUAAGCGGAAUAACUGGAAUUUUGACAUUAAACGGAAGACGUUGUAGACGCUAUCACAUACAGGUUUGGAGUCAUGACCUUAAACAAAGGAGACAAGUUGAGGAACAUGGACAAGAGGAGAGGUAGCAUGCCGUUUCCCCUCCACCUGCAGAACUUGCACAGAAGGAGCAUGCCGGUGGACGACCGAGAGCUGCGCUCGACGACCGAGGCUCAGCCCACCGAGCUGUCCAGCCUCAUGCGCUUCAGUCCGGCAGAGGAGCACAGGAACAGCUGCGUGUCCGACUCCUCCGACUCGGUCAUCUCGUCCGGCAGCGACUCGGACGCCCAGGUCUACAAGGUGGUCCUCCUGGGCGAGCACGGCGUUGGGAAGUCGAGUUUGGCGAGAAUAUUUGGAGGAGUCGAAGACAGUAACGACUGCGAAGAAACAGGAAACACAUAUGACAGAUCCCUCGUGGUCGAUGAUGAGGAGACGUCAAUCCUUCUCUAUGACAUAUGGGAGCAGGACAACAGCCAGUGGCUGAAAGAUCAGUGCAUGCGUAUGGGAGACGCCUAUGUCAUCGUGUACUCUGUGACAGACAAGUCCAGCUUUGAGAAAGCUUCAGAGCUACGAAUCCAGCUGCGCAGAGCUCGGCAGUCGGAAAACAUCCCCAUCAUCCUGGUGGGAAACAAGAGUGACUUGGUGCGGUCCCGAGAAGUUUCUGUGGAUGAGGGCAGUGCCUGUGCCGUUGUGUUUGACUGCAAGUUCAUUGAGACUUCAGCCUCGCUACAUCACAAUGUGCGUGACCUCUUCGAGGGCAUCGUCCGGCAAAUUCGCCUGCGCAAGGACAGCAAAGAAGAAAACGCCCGCCGGAUGGCCAACUGCAAGCGCCGCGAGAGCAUCAGCAAAAAGGCCAAACGUUUCCUGGGCCGUAUGGUGGCCCGGAAGAACAAGAAGAUGGCCUUCAGACAGAAGUCCAAAUCCUGUCACGACCUGGAUAGACAAGACGUGCUAAACUGA